UAUUUUUUUCCUUUCAGUAAAAGCAUUUCAAGAAGCCGACAAUAAAACUGGGCCAUUCAUCUUCACCCCCACAAUCUGCUUCAUCACUAAUUUUUGUCUACACCUCACUCACUUGUUAGCCACUUCCCUUUCCCCAUUUCUCACUCAGUAACUCACUCUCCAUCUUUUAUAUCUGCCAACUUUCUAUCUCAGUCAAUCUUUAACAACAUUUCAAGAAACCAAAAACAAAAAACUUUUUCUGACCACCAUUGAUACCCUUAGUAAGCUAGUUGGCUAUAACCCUUACUUAUAAUUACACAUACCCACUUGUUUCACUUUCAUCACUAAUGGCUGUCUUAGUUUUUGCAUUUCUCAUGUUGGUCAUGACUGGCCAUGCUAGCUGCACAUGGUGUGUUUGCAAGGAAAUGCCAAAUCAAGUACUUCAAAAGACUUUAGAUUAUGCUUGUGGAGCUGGAGCUGACUGUGGUCCUAUUCAUUCAAAUAACCCUUGUUUUCAACCUGAUAAUGUAAGAGCUCACUGUUCUUAUGCUGUCAAUAGCUUUUUUCAAAAGAAAAACCAAGCUCCUGGCACUUGUGAAUUUUCUGGAAGUGCCACCAUUACUACUUCUGAUCCCAGCAGUAGUGGCUGUUCUUAUCCUGCUACAGCAAGUGCUGCAGGAACUAGCAUAUCGACGAAUCCAACUACAGGCACAGGAACAGGCACCACAAAUCCAUCAACCACACCCACAACCAAAAAUCCAUUAAACAAUACGCCUACAACCACCGGACCAUACAGUACAACACCUUCCAACGGUGUGUUCGGCAACGGUGUGAGUCCAACAGGACCUGGAAUCAACACAGACUUCAGUGAUGGCGGGUUCCGAGUUCCGAACACUAGCUUCUUUUCUGUCAUCGUAACACUCUUUGUUUCAGGAUUGAUGCUUUUGUGGGGCUAAACUGCAAGAAAUUGUGACCAACUUAGAGGUUUAAUCAAGUGGGGUAGUUGGUCACAGGUCAAGUUGAGUAUGAAUUUGCAUAUAUGUAUGUGGGGGGUAUGCAUGUGAUUCUGUUCUUUUUUUCAUCUAAAAGACAUGCUAGCUAAGUUUUUGUUUGUUUCUAUGUACUACUCUUUAUUCAUUUUUGGUGGUUUUAUGGUAGCUUGUUGGCUGGACAACUCUCUAUCAUUUCAUCUGUUUGUACAUCUAGAUUUAGAUCUACAACUUCAGUAAUUUAUUAGUCUAAUUGAGUAUUUCACUUCCAUUUAA